AUGGCCGUCAGGAUAGCCACUGUAGUGAUCGCUGUCGGGAGCCGCGCCGCCCCUACCGCUGGGGAGCGGCCUCGCCACCACCGAGCCGGGGCCCCGCCACGAGCGGCCUCGCCGCCCCCAGCUGCGGCCCUGCUGGGAGCGGCCUCGCCCAAGCGGCGUUAUUCCGGGGAGCGGCCUCGUCGUCCAGCGGCCUCAUCCCGAGCGGCUGUUUUUGAAUGGACUGGCAUGCAGGAGCUGAGGAUGAUGCCAUCUCAAAUAGAAGCAUCCACAGCAGCCUCAAGGCAGGUCUCCGACCCUCGAGUGCAGUGGAAAUACGAAAGCGAACACAGCGCAAGGACCGGGACAGAAUCAGGAAUUACCAGACGGAAGGGAAGGACCAGCGAUAAGGGCAGGAAGUUCCAAGAAAGGAUCCGAGGCAAAAGGCUGACUGAUGAGUCUCAGGAUACAAAUAAUUCAAUCAAAGGAGUGGACCAGAAGCAAAAACCAGGGGCCGCCCGAGAGCGGAAGAGGCGGAGACUGUGGUUUCAGAGGGUGAGGCCGAGGAGUGGGUGUCCACGGGGAGCUCGUGACCCUCCCCGAAGGGGACAGUGCCUGCCAGCUGGCAUCAGUAUGAACAUAGUGAUGAUCGCCCACAAUCGAGACACAACUACUUUUGACCGGCUUGCAUAG